CCCCUCGGCUGAACGGCAGCCAAUGGCCUCGUCCGCCGAGCUGCCACUCAGCCAAAUCCGUCCAAUACCCGCGGCGGCCUUUCUCGAGCGGGCGCCCCCACUGCGUGCUCCAACUGUUGUGCGUUCUGCCCAUCGCCGGAGGGCAGAGCGAAGGGGGAAAAGCGGAGUUCGACGCCGGACAAAAGAACUUUCGAGCGCCUCGUAAGCAUCUUUCCAUGCGCGGUGCAUGCGCGAGGCUGAGGGCGCGCGCAUGGAGUAGUCAUGGAAGCGCCUUUGAGCAAGAGGAACCCCGCGUUAAGAUUAGCGGAUUUGGCAGCCGCUCAAGUCGUCCCUCAGCAGAACAUGACGGGCUUCCCGGGGCUGGGGGGGCAUCACCCUCUCUCCCACCAUGCCCACCUCCACCCUGGGGAGCUGACCAACGACCCCGGCGCGGCGCUCACUCCAUUCGGACCGGAGCACAUGGCCCAGAGCGGUGCGCUCAAACUUAGCCCGUCGCAGCACAUCCAGAGCCACCACGAGGCGGCGGCGGCGGCGGCGGCGGCGGCGGCGGCGGCGGCGGCGGCGUCGGCGUCCUUCGCUCCGGCGCAGAGCAGCGCGGCUUUCCCCGUGGCGCACCAAACGCACCCGGGCUACUCCAGCAGCAGGGACCUGCUCCUCCGCAGAGAACUGUCAGCCUCCGCCAUGCACGCGCUCGGCGAUCAGUCCGCCGCCCCCCCCCACCCCCACCACCACCCUCACCACCACCACCACCCCCACCCUCACCCUCACCCUCACCACGGCGUCUUCAUCUCCCCAACAGGUGCGUACGGCCACGCGGACGGCGGGGCCCACCCGCUCUUCUCGGGGCUCCACGAGCAGGCGUCCCCGGGCUCGCACCCGCACCCGCACCCGCACCACCACGCCCUCAACGGCCAGAUGCGCCUGGGACUCCCGGGGGACCUCUACGGCAGGUCGGAGCACUACGGAGCCUCCGCGCUGCACGGCUACGGCGGCGCCACCGGGCCCGCGGGGGCCUUCCUGCGCUACAUGCGGCAGCCCAUCAAGCAGGAGCUCAUCUGCAAGUGGCUCGAGCCGGAGCCGCGCAGUCCCAAGAAGCCCUGCUCCCAGACCUACGGCACCAUGCACGAGCUGGUCAACCACGUGACGGUGGAGCACGUCGGCGGGCCGGAGCAGAGCUCCCACGUCUGCUUCUGGGAGGAGUGCCCGCGCGAGGGCAAGCCCUUCAAGGCCAAGUACAAGCUCAUCAACCACAUCCGCGUGCACACGGGCGAGAAGCCCUUCCCGUGCCCCUUCCCCGGCUGCGGAAAAGUCUUCGCCCGCUCCGAGAACCUCAAGAUCCACAAGCGCACGCACACAGGUGAGAAGCCGUUCAAGUGCGAGUUCGAAGGCUGCGACCGGAAGUUCGCCAACAGCAGCGACCGGAAGAAGCACUCGCACGUGCACACGUCCGACAAGCCCUACUACUGCAAGGUGCGCGGCUGCGACAAGUCCUACACGCACCCGAGCUCCCUGCGCAAGCACAUGAAGGUGCACUGCAAGAGCCCCCCGCCCCCGCACGACGCCACCACCUACGUCCCCGGAAACCCGCUCGGGGAGACCCUCACCCCCCCGCCGCCGGCGCAGAGGAACCGCUGCGCCGGCCUCUCCUCGCAGGUGAGCAACCUGAACGAGUGGUACGUGUGCCAAGGCAGCGGAGGGGGCGUCCACCGGCACCCGCAGCAGCACCUGCACUCCCCCUCCAGCGACGUGCCCACCUCCGAGUCUGAGGACGACCACUCGUUUAGAGACCAGGACCCCAGGACGGUGCUCUGAUUGACGCAACAGCUGC